CGGAAUGGAAGUGGCGGCUUCAGUCGCCCGCGAACCUCCGUCGAAGAACGUUCUCCACGUCGUUCUGAGCCAACAACUCGGUCGUCCGUGCAGCCUUCGUCGGUCGAACGCGGCCCCAUCGAGAUUUCGCGGGAGCAGUGCAACAGGACAGGCCAAGGGUGCAAGGAUCGGCAAGAGAGGAACCGGUUGAUUUUCUUUUAACGACGCGCGACCUCGCGGACAUCGCGAGGCAGGGAUCACCGAUGUUGUUGAGAAGCCUCGGAAGCGAGGCGAGGUUCAAGGAACGAGAAUGAGGACGAUCCUGAACGCGUGUCGCGGCCUCUGACUAUCGACUCGGCCGAGCAAAAGCGCGCGGAACAGUCAUGUGGAAGUGUUGGCUCCUGUUUCUGUGCGUCGCAGGUUUAUCCUCGGCUGCCUUGAACUCGCCGGAUCACCACGUUAGUUCCUUGGCGAACAAUCAGUCGGUGACCGUGCGGCAGAAUGAGUCUGUGAGACGAUUCGCGUGUCCCAUAGGAUUCUUCCGAUUGAAGCGAUUCUGUUAUUACUUGAGCGCGGGCACAGCACCGUGGAGGGAAGCGCACUUUCAUUGCAAGGACAGAAACGCCACCCUAGCUAUCUUGGACAGAAAUGGCAAGGACAGGAUGCUGAGGCGGUAUCUGAUGGGAGAACAGUUCACGAAAUUGGAACGAUGGAUCGGCGGGAUCUUCAACUGGCAACAAAAGGCCUGGGAAUGGGGUGUUACCGGUGAGAAGAUGGUCUUCCAAAGUUUCGGCAAGCUGGAGCCCGGAAAAUCCGACAAGUUCGCGUGGCACUGUAUCAUAAUGGAUCCGACGCUGAAGUACAAGUGGAGUGCGAAAAGUUGCGUCGAACGGAAGCAUUAUAUAUGCGAAGUGCCCGCAGGUCGUCUAGCCAGAAGACGUAAGAAGUCGGAUCCAUUCGCGCCGCAAAAUCAAAGAUUGAAGCCCAGGAAGAAGGGCAAGAAGUACUUAGAAGAACAGAAGAGGAGAAAGAAGAGUCGAGCAAACUGGAGAAGAAACUGGACGGAUCGAACGGAGAAUCAGCAAUGGGCUCAUGGUGUGAAACUGGGUUCGCGACCACCCUCACCCAGGCCACCUAGCAGUCACAGAAUGGCACAGCCUAGAGAUCAUACACGACAUCGUCCCAAUAAUAGGACUCGUGUGCAACCAUCUGAGCCGAGGGUGGCUCAGGUUUUACCUCGGGGGCGAGAAUACGGCGCUUUCUUGGGCGAUGGGCCCAAUAAUCAGCCCCAGAAUUUGGCUGCCAUGAACCACGAUUUUACGCAAUUCCAACAGAAAAUAAACGACUUGGCGCGGGAGGAAGUUCUGUUUAAGCCAUAAAGAAGAAACUGGAAUCGUUAUGUCGAUAGGUAGUUACGAUUGCAGUCUCGAUUUUACCAUCUCUUUUUUGCAUAACGAUUAUUCUAUUAUAACAAAUUAAAUUAUUGUGAGAUUAAAUUAUCUUGGAACAAAAUUGUCAAACUGCUAAUCCUGCCACAGUUAUUUUACUAUAACGAUAUAAUUACGACUGCAAUCGUAUAAAUAAACUUUGGACGAUCCAUGGAAGAACUAAUGCGACCAAAGUUAAUUACAAAAUAAAUCCCUCAAUGUUCCUCCACCUGAAUAUAAAAGUUUCAGGAAACAUGUCGUUUAAUUAAUAGGAUAUAGUGGUCGGCUAUGAAGCUGAUAGAUUAAUAAUCGCAGUAUUUGUGCCAAGAUCGCACAAGAAUGCAUUCUAUACUACUGCUGAUACUUGUCUGAAUAUUUUCUGUGCACUUAUCGUAAUAUCGCUACAGAAAAUUACUCGUUGUCUCUCUAUAAUACUUUCCCUUCUAUUUUGUCACGCAACAAUUUCGCGUAUGUUUAAUUAAACGUGACGUGCGAAUAAUUCAGAUAUUAAUUACAAAUAUUUAAAGCCUUCGUUGCGCUUGUGUCACCGCUUCGCGCGACAAAUUGCAUUAAACAAGAUAAAUGGCACAAGAACUAUUAUUCACUAAUUAAUUAAGCCGUAUUUAGCGAUAACCGUUUACGCUAAUUAUAUUGCAUAGUUUAUAUGAAUGAAUUGCAAUUAGGAAUAGCGGAUCAAAAAGCAAGAUAAAGCUUGCUUUUUAAUCCGCUUUCAUGUAUGUUAUUUUUUCAUCGCUUUGUCUGUAAAUAUAUCAAUAUAAGACUAUUGAUUUAUUCCCUGUAUUUAAUUAUGUAUAAUAAAAUAUUGAUACAGGAACCCA